CCAAAGAAACCAGAACACAAACCAUGCCGAAGCUACUAUAAACAGAUAAAACACCAGAAGUUUAGCUUAUUACCGUAUUAGUACUCAGACAGUAUUAGUCUGUAGUAUUCCCAGAAUGGCUUAUCGCACAAAUGUGAGAAUCGGAAACUGGAAUGAAGACCUGCGUUUACAAGAGGAUGUGAAGAAAGAGCAUAUGGAGAAAAAAGAGAAGGGUGAGCUUGUUGCCCAGAAAGUAGACUUUCUCAAACAGAACAUUUUGAGACCGGUGAAUCUCACUGUGACAAAUGAUGGAAGAUUGCACUUUGGGGAUGUUGUGAUUUUGGUAAACAUCGGAGGAGAAAACAGAAAGUGCAGUGCAGUAAGCAUUAACGCAGACAUUACCAGUUUGACAAAGAUUCCUUUGGCUGGCAUUCAAGCUCCAUGUGGAAUCAGUGCAGGAAGGGGUAUCCAGGCCUGCACACGCACUGCCUUCAUCAUUACCAGUGUAGAUGGCAGUCCUGAGGGAUCAACUCUGAAUUUUGAGCAAAGUUUUGCCCUGAAAACAACAAGUGGCUUUGCUAGGGGGCUUUUCUUGACGAGUGACCUGCGAAGUUUUCAAAAGUGUGCGAAGAAGUCCCGCCUACAGGAAGUAAACUUGGAUGAGGGCGGUUCCUUUCCCUCAUGGUGGAAGAUAGUGCACUUUGACCCCCAGGAGAGGCUUGAAUAUGAGGGUCAGCCUGUUCCUGCUAAUGUGAAGGUGCUCAUCAUACACUGCAAGACAAACCAGGCUCUUGCUGUUCUGGAUGAUCAAGUGCUUUGGACCACAUAUGGCAAAGAAUACGAGGUGACUGCUCACACCUUCUUGAACUGCCACAAAGUUGAACAGGAAAACAACCACUGGAUAUUGUGCACCUCUGACCCUGCAGGGAAUGGGCUUUUACUUCUCAACCAACUACAGUCAGCGGCUAACGACGAGGAGGUCACACAGACAUAUUCUGGCAUCUAAAUCUAACACAAUCCACACUCAUGCUGUAACAUGUACAAAUAAUGCAGGUAGAUGCCACAUCAUUAACAACUAAUGUUUUUUAAAUAAAGAUGUUUUUUUCUGUU